UAAAUUAUUUCAACAUGAAUAAAUCGGAUGCAAGCACACGCCAGGGCCACUACAAGGCCAACACUCUCAAUACGCAGGACUCGCGCAUGCGUCGCCAUGAGGUGACCAUCGAGCUGCGCAAGUCUAAGAAGGAGGAUCAGAUGUUCAAGCGCCGUAACAUCAACGAUGAAGAUCUAACCUCGCCUCUGAAGGAACUAAAUGGACAGUCACCGGUGCUGCUGUCGGUUGAUGAGAUUGUGGCGGCUAUGAACAGCGAGGAUUCGGAACGCCAAUUCGUGGGUAUGCAGCAGGCGCGAAAGAUGCUUAGCCGCGAGCGUAAUCCACCCAUUGAUCUUAUGAUCGGACAUGGCAUUGUUCCAAUCUGUAUACGCUUCCUUCAAAGCUCCAACACCAUUCUGCAAUUUGAGGCUGCCUGGGCCUUGACCAACAUCGCAUCAGGUACAUCGGAGCAGACGCGUUGCGUCAUCGAGCAGAAUGCAGUGCCUCAUUUCAUUGAACUCCUCCAGUCGAAGUCGCUUAAUCUUGCUGAGCAGGCCGUUUGGGCGUUGGGCAAUAUUGCGGGCGACGGCGCUGCGGCACGUGAUAUCGUAAUCCAGCACAAUGUCAUCGAUGGCAUUCUGCGUUUAAUCAAUAAUGAGACGCCUUUAUCCUUUCUCCGCAACAUUGUCUGGCUCAUGUCGAACUUGUGCCGCAACAAGAAUCCAUCGCCGCCCUUUGAGCAAGUAAAGCGUCUGCUGCCAGUGCUGUCGCAGUUGCUGGUCAGCCAGGACAUUCAGGUGUUGGCCGAUGCGUGCUGGGCGCUGUCAUAUGUGACAGAUGAUGACAACAACAAGAUACAAGCGGUGGUCGAUACGGAUGCAGUGCCACGCCUGGUAAAUCUUCUGCAAACCGACGAGCCCAGCAUAAUUGUGCCGGCACUGCGCAGUGUCGGCAACAUAGUCACUGGCACGGAUCAACAGACCGAUGUGGUCAUAGCUGCUGGUGGCUUGCCCAAGCUUGGCUUGUUGUUGCAACACUCGAAAGGCAAUAUAGUAAAGGAGGCUGCCUGGACAGUGAGCAACAUUACGGCCGGUAAUCAGAAACAGAUUCAGGCAGUCAUUGACGCGGGUAUCUUCCAGCAGAUACGCCAUGUACUGGAGAAGGGAGACUUCAAGGCACAAAAGGAGGCCGCCUGGGCGGUGACAAAUACAACCACUUCGGGUACUCCCGAACAAAUUGUAGACCUCAUUGAGAAGUUCAAGAUAUUGAAGCCAUUCAUAGAUUUGCUGGAUGCUAAGGAUCCACGCACCAUCAAAGUGGUGCAAACUGGUCUUUCGAAUCUGUUUGCGCUCGCCGAGAAGCUGGGUGGCACUGAGAAUCUAUGCCUGAUGGUCGAGGAACUAGGCGGCCUCGACAAGCUGGAAGCUUUGCAGCAGCACGAAAACGAAGAAGUCUAUAAAAAGGCUUAUGCCAUAAUAGAUACUUAUUUCAACACUGGUGACGAUGAGGCCGAGCAGGAGCUAGCGCCGCAGGAGGUAAAUGGUGCACUGGAGUUUAAUGCCACGCAGCCCAAGGCGCCGGAGGGCGGUUAUACCUUCUAAUGUGCCAGCCAUCAAUACACAUACAAACACAGUACACCACACCAUUUUUUUGUUCUUAUGCGACCGCGCCUACACCAUCUACACGCGAUGUACACUUCUCGAGUUUGUCAAUCCGAUGCACACUCCAAAACCCAAUGCCGUAAAGGCUGAGGAAGAGGCAAAUCCUUACUCUACUAUAUGACCAAUGCCUAUACCUAUACCUAAACAUAACAUUGUUUGUUGUGCAUUUCCGCAUUGUCCCGCAUGCGGCCAUGAAAACGCAUCUUAGGCGCGUUCUUGGUGUUUUUUGUUUUUCGCCUGUUAAUACACACACUCGCACACGAAUACACCCACAUACACACACAACCACUAAGCGCCUGCCCAGCUGUGCUGGUAGGCAGGAAGUUGUGAUUUAAAAGAUUAGAACACAGUAUACAAGGUCAGGACGCUGCCUGUUGCGUUUGCAUGGCCAAAUGAACUGUUUUGAGUGUGCUAAUUUCUUUGAAAUACCCUCUUUCGGAUAUAUAUGUAUAUUUAGGCUGUUAGUUUAUUUAUUUAUGAACAUGUAUCGUAUUUUGUGAAAUCCUCGACCACACUACCGCUUUUCAUGCAAGUUUUUCAAACAACGAAUUUAAUAAAUGUGUCCUCAUCCUAUUGUAAAAAAAAGUACUGCAUUGAAGCCUUGAACUGAAAAUUGUG